GUACAUUGUCGUGUAAUCAUAUUUAAGCUGUACAAAUUUAGUGUGUGUAUCAGGCACUUUCUGAUUCAAAAUUGUGAGGACGUAUUGAAUUUGAAGCAAGUAGGAACACAGUAAACUGCUAACUCAGGCAGCCAAUGGAUCAGGUCCCGGGCAAGAAACUCCAGGCAGACGCCUCUGCUCUGGACGUGACCUACUGCCAGCCCUGUUCCCAGGAUGGAGAAACCCUUCCAGCCGAAGCCUACUGUACCGUCUGCAAGGAGUUUAUGUGCUCCAACUGCACGAGCGUACACAAGAAACAAAGAAUGUCAAAGUCCCAUACACUUCUUGAAAAGAGCAACAUGCCUACUACCAUGCAAGAUUUUACAAUCAAAGAAGAGAGCACACAACCUUGUGACAUCCACCCUGAAGAACGUAUAAAAUACUUCUGUCCGACCCAUCAGACACUAAACUGCGGACAUUGUUCAGUACUCGAUCAUCAAUCUUGUAAACAGCAAAUCAUUUCGGAAAUUGCUAAAGUCUUCAAAGAGGGCCAGGGUUAUGACACAAUUAAACAAGUUAUUGUUAAAUUACUAAAGGAUAUUGAUGCCUGUGCGUCUGAUGUUAACGUAAACAUUAAGCUCGUAGAAGACCUUGGAGAACAGGAGAUUGCUAAGAUAAGGAAUUAUCGAGAUCAGAUUAACAAAUUCUUUGAUGAACGUGAAAACGAACUGCUGAAGAACAUUGCCCAGAUGCAAAACAUGGAUGAAAUCCUCCUGGAGUCUCUGAAAUCAAAAUGUAACACCCUUAAGAUCGAGGUAAAUAAAAUAAAAACAAAACUAGAAGCCCAAGAGAACAACACUUGUCAGUUGUUUGUUGAGGCUGAAUUAGCCAAGAACAUGCUGAAGAGAUUGCAAUCAACUCUUGCUGACUUAAACAUGGUAAACUUCAUUCACCAGUAUCAGUUAAAGAAGGACUUCGACACUGAGUACUUGCUGCGUUCCAAGACUGGCCUAGGCACUGUUGAGAUGGCUUCUGCAAAUUCUCUAGCUACAGACCAGAGAUGUGAACGAGCAAGUUCCACAACAAAAGACAAAGACGACAAGAAUAAUACAACUGAUGAUCCUUCUUCCAAUGUACAAGCAGUUGGUGAUGAGAAAACCAGUAGUGCAGCUAAUGCUGAUAUCAGCAUACAAGCAGUUGUCCACAUCACGGCUGCCGAAACAACCAAUAAUCAUUCGGCCAAUACAGAAACAGUUCCACUUUUUGCAAAACCAAAACAAAAAAAGCAGGCCAUAGUCAGCACUGACCUGACCAGCCUGAAGUAUACCCCAGCCAAGGACAUACUAGUCAGUACUCAAUUUUACACCAGAAACUGCCCCCUGUCCGAUAUGCUCCUCCUACCUGGAGACAGACUGCUACUGGCUGAAUGUAUCACACAUACAGUGAAGCUUAUAGAUAUCAACACCAGCAACCUAGUGGCCAAUGUCAGUGUGCCAACAGGGAUAUGGGGCAUGUGUCUCCUCCCUAGGGACAGGGUAGCUGUUAGUUUGACUGACAGUAUUCAGUUCCUAGAGACACGGGGGCAGCUCUCCUUGGGAAAGAGCAUCGCAGUGGAUGGUGAUUGUUAUGGUGUUGGCUACGAUAACAACAGCUUAAUUGUUUCAUACAAAACUGGGAGGGUGGAGAAGAUAGAUAUGGAAGGGAGGGUGUUGAACAAAGUAUCAAAACGUAUGUUUUCUGGCAGCCCGUUUAAGAAACCUUUUUAUUUAACAGUGGUCAAUGAAGGUCCGACCAAGGCUAUUUAUGUGUCAGACUGUGAGAAGAACACAAUCACCAGUCUGGACAUUAAUCUGAACAUUCUCGAGACAUUCCACGACCCAGCACUGAAAGAACCAACAGGCAUCACUGCAGUGGGAAACCAGCUGCUUAUCUGUGGUUUGAAGAGUAACAAUAUAAUGUGCCUGGAUCUGCCCAGUGGUCGGAUGACCCAGCUUCUGUGUGAGAAAGAAGGGAUAGAGUUGCCACGCAGUGUCUGCUACAAUCAGCAGCAGAAUAAGUUGUACGUUACCGUCGAUUUAGAAAUUGGGGAUGUAGACAGUUAUGUAAAGGUGUAUAAGACCACUUGAAUGUAUUAUUAGAUAUGUUUUGUUUGAAUAAGCAACAGGUUCAAAUUAGCCAUUUGGACUAAUUUAAAAAUUUAAUAAGAAAAAAACAGACUAUUUCCUUCUUUGUAUGCUUGUAUCCUGUGUGUGUUGUGUUAGAAUAUAAUAUCAUGUUGUAAAGAGACAAGUUUAUGUGUUUUAGGAUCAGACAGCGAAAAAGAGUACGUUCAUGUGAAUUGUGAACAAAUUCAUGUGCUCUUAUUUUCUUAAUUUGAAGCAAAGGGGUAUGUUUGACCUUUGCUUCAAUAACUUAUUUUCCAAUAUUAAAAUAUUGUUCUCAACACCGUUUUUGAUUAGGGUGAGCGUUGGUGUCCGCAAAUGUUUUCUUAAAGAUUGAAGACCGUUUUCGGUUGCCGAUUCCACCUCAUAUUAUCAAAGAGACUGUUCGUAAAGCUUUCUAUUCAUUUCGUGUUUAUAUAUUGAUGCAUAUAUUGUUCAUUGUUUCCAUUGUGAUGUCUUCCUGUACAAAUAGUCAUAUGUUUAAAGUACUUUUGUAAUGUAAAGUUUACAUAGUUGCUGAGAUAUUAAACUAUGUGUGCUGACAUGCAAACCAUUAAUCAGAAUUUCAAGGUCGAAUAACAAACUGACAUAAUUUGCAUUAAAUGCAAGAUAUGCUAAUCUUACAUGAUAAACAGAGUAGGUUAGUUAGUGGGGAUCACUUGUCUUAAGUUUCAAUAUAUGAUGUAUUUGCUGUUAUAUGCACUUUAAUGUGGUUAAAUCCAAAACUUAACCAGAAUUUCAAAGUCGAAUAAUGAAGUGCCAUAGUUUGCAUUAUAUGCAAACUAUAAUUAUCUUAAUUGAAAAUGUAGGUUGGAUGGUUGAGAACCGUUGCAUGAAGUCCCAAUGCAAUAUAUCAAGUAGUUGCUGCGAUAUUACCUAUGUGUGCUUACAUGCAAAACCUCAACAUAUAUUUCUAAGUCGAAUAAUAAAGGGCCAAAAUUU